CAAAAACUCUGGAAAAAAAAAAAAACCUUCCUUACUUCUUCACUACCGGAACUUUUAGUAAGCUCCCGAAACUUCGGCGAUAUCUCGCCGCCGGCCAGUGCUCUCAGUUCAGGAUGGGAGACAGUGAAGCAGUGAUUGCUCAGACAUCUGUUGUAAUGGAUUAUACAUCUGCUGCGUAUUCUUCUGUUGAUUAUGGGGAUGUGAGUACAAAAGCUGCUCUUGAUGCUGAUGCUUCUUCUGCUGGAGGUUCUGGUGAUUUGGGUGCUUCGGCUGCUCCAACAGCAACUAGAGAUAUGGCUGCUUUUACUGGCACGAUGGACAUAGCUGAUACUGGUGCUUAUGGUUCUCAAGUGGGGGAUGGAAAUGCAUACAAUGCUGAUCCAAAUUCUGCCAAAGAUGAUGUUCCUACUACGACGACCUAUGGUGCCAAUGAGAAUUUUAUGGGGAUUGCAAAUGCACCUGUGGAUUCAUCUCAAGUUGCCACCUAUGAUUUGACUGCAAAUGGCAAUGAUGUUAACGAAUCAAUAAAUAUUGGAUCAGCUGGCAUAAAUGAGAAUGGGAUUAAUCCAGAUAAUGUUCAUGGGUCCGCUUCGUUGCACCAGCUGGUGGAUGGUGCCACAUUGUCUGCUGAAGAAGAGCGAUUGUGGAGCAUAGUGAGGGCAAAUUCUUUAGAUUUUAAUGCAUGGACUGCCUUAAUAGAAGAGACCGAGAAGAUUCCAGAGGACAACAUUUUGAAGAUACGGAAAGUUUAUGAUGCCUUUUUGGCAGAAUUUCCUUUGUGUUAUGGUUAUUGGAAGAAGUAUGCAGAUCAUGAGGCACGCCUAGGCUCUAUUGACAAGGUUGUAGAGGUCUAUGAACGAGCGGUUCAAGGGGUGACCUAUUCUGUUGAUAUGUGGCUCCACUACUGUGUAUUUGCCAUAAGCACUUAUGGAGACCCUGACACUAUCCGAAGGCUAUUUGAAAGAGGAUUGGCUUAUGUUGGAACAGACUACCUAUCUUUCCCACUUUGGGACAAAUAUAUUGAAUAUGAGUGCAUGCAGCAGGAGUGGUCACGUGUUGCCAUGAUCUACACACAGAUAUUGGAGAAUCCUAGUCAACAACUGGAUCGCUAUUUUGAUGGUUUUAAAGAACUUGUUGCAAGUCGCCCUCUGUCAGAGUUAAGGACUGCUGAGGAAACUGCUGCUGCUGCAAAUUCAGAAGCUGGUGAGCCACAAGUUGAGAAAGAGGUUCCUCUUAAUGCUGCAGAGCAAUCUCCUAAACCUGUUAGUGCAAGCUUAAAAGAAGCCGAGGAGUUGGAGAAGUAUAUCGCCAUUAGAGAAGAGAUGUAUAAGAAAGCUAAAGAGUUCGAUUCUAAGAUCGUUGGUUUUGAAACAGCUAUAAGGAGGCCCUACUUUCAUGUGAGGCCCCUCAAUGUUACCGAGCUUGAAAAUUGGCAUAACUAUCUUGACUUUAUUGAAGGAGGAGAUGACUUCAAUAAGGUUGUCAAGCUAUACGAAAGAUGCCUAAUUGCUUGUGCCAAUUAUCCUGAAUAUUGGAUACGAUAUGUUCUAUGCAUGGAAGCUAGUGGUAGUAUGGAUCUUGCUGAUAAUGCCCUUGCACGUGCUAGUCAAGUUUUUGUCAAGAGACAACCUGAGAUUCACCUUUUUGCUGCUCGAUUUAGAGACCAGCAUGGGGAUAUAUCAGGAGCUCGUGCUGCCUAUCAACUCGUGCAUACUGAAAUUUCACCUGGCCUUUUGGAAGCAACCAUUAAGCAUGCGAACAUGGAACAUCGAUUGGGAAAUUUGGAAGAUGCUUGUUCUUUAUACGAACAGGCCAUUGCAAUUGAGACAGGAAAAGAACAUUCACAAACCUUGCCAUUUUUGUUUGCUCAAUAUUCUCGGUUUCUAUACUUGGUUUCUGGCAAUGUGGAGAAAGCUAGGGAAAUUCUUGAUCAGGCGCUUGAGAAUGUUCAAUUUUCAAAACCACUUCUGGAGGCAUUGAUCCAUUUAGAAUCAAUUCAGCCGCUUCCAAAACGACUUGAUCACGUCGAUUCACUGAUUGAGAAGUUUAUUGUUCCUAAUCAUGAAAACCCAAAUGCUGCAAGUAUCAUUGAAAGAGAACAGCUAUCUAACAUUUUCUUGGAGUUUCUGGACCUCUUUGGAGACACACAAUCCAUUAAGAAGGCUGAUGAUCGGCAUGCCAAGCUCUUCUUACACCACAAGAGCACAUCAGAGUCAAAGAAACGCCAUGCGGAGGAUUUUUUGGUUUCAGAAAGAACAAAGCUAGCUAAAUCUGUUGCUCCAUCAUCCGUUCCAUCAGUGAUGGGUGCGUAUCCCAGCACACACAACCAAUGGCCAGCAGGUUAUGGUUUACAACCUCAAGCUUGGCCGCAAGUUACACAAGCCCCAGGACAACAAUGGAAUCCUGGAUAUACACAACAGGCUGCAUACAGUGCAUAUGGUAGCUAUGGGAGCAGCUAUGUUCAACCACAACCACCAUCAUCUGCGCCUCAAACUGCUGCUGCUUACGGUGCUUAUCCUUCUACAUAUUCAGCCCAGGCCUUCCCUCAGCCAAGUUAUACUCAAUCAGCAGCAGCAGCAAGCUUGACCACAGCACAGCAACCUACUUCAGUUCCUCCUCAGGCUUAUUAUGGAAGCUAUUACUGAGCAGGCAAGAUUAUUCUAGACUCGUUUUUUUUUUUCUUGUAGGUUUGACCACCCUUGUUGGCUGUCACUUAUUGAGCUAUACCAUGGCUUUUUUGGGCAUGGUUGUGGUGGAAGUUGACAAGCUCUUUCGGAUAGGAAAGUGAGCGUUGUAAAUGACAGUUAUUGUAUUUUUGGUUUUCUUUUUUCUAAAAAUUACUUUGAUAUUCUAUCAUUCCGGACGAUAUGUAACUUGCUGUGUUCAGAUGCCUCAUUGCUACAGUAUAACAUGUUUCUGAUAUGCUGUAGGUCUGAAAGAUGGUUUGAGGGGUUUGGGUGUAGGAGAAAUUUUUCAGUAGAUUAGAUUAUUAGUUAGACUUGCUUUAGCUGUUAUGUAAUAUUACUAUGGAUGUUUGCCGUCUAAUUGCUGAAUGCUUGAUAAUCUAAAUUUCAAAUGUAUUUUAGUCUUUCAUUGAAUCUUUUGGGGAUUGAAUUGUUUAAACCGAAG